AUGGAGAACGGCACCGGCAACCAAGGCGAAGGCAGGGACCCUUCUGGCUUCCUUUCCGAGAUCAUCGGCAACCCCGUCACCGUAAAGCUCAACUCGGGCGUUGUGUACAAGGGCGAGCUGCAGUCAGUCGAUGGAUACAUGAACAUUGCUCUUGAGAAGACUGAGGAAUACGUCAACGGCGUCAAGCGCCGGACCUACGGCGAUGCUUUCGUGCGAGGCAACAACGUCAUGUACAUCUCUGCGGACUGA